AUUGUAUCAAUAAUUUACCGCUACAGGCGGCGAUUCUAUACGCAUAACAUCGGAAGCAACAAUACGCCGUAGUUGUAUCAACAACGCGCGCGUUCGUUAGUUCGCAGACUUCAUAGUUGGCACACUCUUGCUUGCAAACUGUUCACGGGUAGACCGCCCUUUAUAGAACCUACAAGAUAACACCGACAAUGUUCGCGGUAUGAAGUGACCACGUAGCUUGACUAGGAAUAUAGUGUUGAGAAAAGUUAAGAAAAAUUCAAAAUGGCUUUGAUAAAUCUAAAGGCUUUCGAUGUAGUUCCCGUGCGGUUUAAUCUCUGGAUAAUGCUAUUCACCAGCUGUUGGAUAGUAUACAUGCUGCGAGUCAACAUGAGUUUAAACCUGAUCGCAAUGGUGCCACAGCCAGCUAGAAAUAUCUCAUCACGAUCACAGUGCACUCCUGACAGCGAGGUGGUCAACGAGACUCUACGCCACUCUGAUAUCCCUGAAAUCAGAGAAGCGCCAAGACAGAUUGCAGGCGGAUCAUUUAAUUGGUCUAACGAUCAGCAAGCAACGAUUCUUGGAUCUUACUUCUGGUGUUAUCCUGUCACAUCUCUCAUCGGAGGUAUGGCAGCGGAACGAUGGGGUCCAAGAUAUGUGGUUCUUGUUACAUCUUUAGCCAGUGCUGUUUUGACUGUGAUAAGCCCAGCAGCUGCGAGAUUAGAUUAUAUCGCCUUGGUCAUUGUGCGAUUCUUUCUUGGAUGUGCUGGGGGCUUUAUUUAUCCAGCUAUGCACGUAUUAGUAGCACGAUGGGCACCCCCAGCUGAGAAAGGAAAAUUUAUUAGUGCCAUGAUGGGAGGAACUUUAGGUACAGUUGCCACUUGGUCACUAACAGGUCCAUUGCUGGAUAAAUUCGGGUGGGCAUCAGCAUUUUACGUACCAGCCGGUUUAACGUUUAUUUGGUGCGGAUUUUGGUGGUACCUUGUGGCGGACACACCUCUCGAACAUCCUAGGAUUAGUAUAGCAGAAAGAAAAUAUAUUAUAGACGCACUGGGUGACAAGGUUAAAAAUGCCAAGGGUCUGCCUCCAUUUAAGAGCAUAUGCACUUCGUUACCGUUCUUGGCAAUGAUCAUUCUGCACUUUGGCAAUCUCUGGGGCUUAUAUUUUAUCAUGACAGUUGGACCUAAAUUUGUAUCCAGUGUACUUGGGUUUGAACUAACUGCAGCUGGCAUUAUAUCAGCUCUUCCUUACCUAGCGAGGUUAUUCAUGGCUGCAAUAUUUGGGGCUGUGGGAGAUUGCAUUUUAGCAAGGAAGUUUAUGACCACAACUGUUAUUAGAAAAUUCUUCUGUUUAUUCUCACACAUAAUCCCUGGAAUUCUUCUGGUGUUGCUGGUUUAUACUGGAUGUAAUACUGCAUUAUCCGUGGCAAUGAUCACCAUGUCAAUGGGCUUCAAUGGUGCAGCAACUUUGACGAAUCUCCAGAAUCAUCAGGAUCUUGCACCUAAUUACGCUGGAACGUUAUAUGGGAUAGCGAAUUUCAUAGGAAGUACCGCUGGCUUUUUUACACCAAUGAUAACAGCGUAUUUCACAAGAACUGGGGACAGCUUCGAACAGUGGCGUCCAGUAUUCUUUGUAGGAGCGUCCGUGUACAUAGUAUCAGCUAUAUUCUUCAUUUUGUUUGGAACGGGUAACACUCAAGACUGGAAUUUUAUCAUUAAAGAAAAAGAUGAUGGAAAGCAGGAAAAAGCUAAGGUUGAUGACCAGAAUGAUAUGAAUGAUACUUCUAAACAUUGUUAUAUUAAAGAUCGGUACUUUCUGGUCUACGUUGUCCGUUAUAAUCUAAGCGUACAUAUCGUGGAUAUGGUAGAUAUACCGAAACGUCUUUUUGAAUUUUUUCCCAAAAAUGAAACUGAAACUUUGAGGACUGUUUUGAAUUCAAGAUCUGGGAACAUGAUUGAUAUAAUGCACUGGAAUGAAUUAAAAAUGGCUUUGCUAUUAGCAGCUUAUCAUAUAGGAUAUUGUAUAUGUUUUCCAAUAUUCCAUAACAUUGGGGAUAAAUUUGGUCCAAUGUGGGUUGUAGGCGUAACUGGGUUUAUAUCGGGUGUUUUGAACUGCCUCACCCCAGCAAGUGCUUAUUGUGAUUUUUGGUUGGUUUUCACGGUGCGCAUUCUGAUUGGAUUUUGUGCGGGGGCGAUGAUACCAAGUAUGAUUCAAGUGCUCAGACAUUGGGUUCCACCAACCGAGCGACAUCAUUUUAUGUGGGCUUAUUGUGGUAUCACCACAGGAACUUUUUCUACAUUUUUGAUCUGUGCAGCAGUUCAAUACUAUUUUGGGUGGUCGGUUGGAUUUUAUAUAUCGGGGGCAGUACAAAUCUGCUGGGCAGUUGUUUGGGUGCUGGCGGUUAGCGACAGUCCUUCAAAACAUGCAUUUAUAUCUAAAGAAGAAUUGUCGUAUUUGACCACAACUAUUGGAACAGUUUUUAAUAUCAAGUUAACAAACUCUCAAGUGCCCUGGAAGAUGAUACUUAAAUCUAUGACAUUUUGGGCACUAUGUAUACUUAAUUUCGGAUAUGCGUGGAUGAUAACAUCAGUUUGCUUACACGGUCCCGUUUACUAUACAACCAUUCUUAAAUACAGCAUUUACGAGGCAUCAGCACUGGUGGCACUGCCUUUCUUUUUGCGUUUGAUAUUAGGAACAAUUAUAAUACAAAUCUAUCAUUGGUACAAAUAUAACAAGAAAGUUAAAAGAAUUAAGCACAUGCGAAAAUAUUUUAUAGUUGUGUCUCAUGUGAUACCGGGAUUUUUGGUUUCGAUGGCUUGGCUGGUGCCAGUCAACCCUGGCCCCGUUCUGUUAACCACAGCCAUCGUCUUAACCGCAGCGGGAAUGGAUCUCACUUUAGAUAUUUGUUACAGCUUGUCACCAAACUACGUCAAUCCUAUCAAUACAGUAAUAAAAAUUAUUGGAAACCUGCCUGGAAUUAUAGUUUCGCUGUGCGUUGGAGAAGUUACCUUUAUAUACAAGAACACUUUUCUUGUUUGGCGAUAUGUAUGGUGUUUUCAUGGCACAAUAUUAUUGUUGAGUGGAGUAACUUUUCUCCUUUGGGGCGACAUCCACGUCCAGCCGUGGAAUGAAAUAAGACGCAGGCCACGGAGAAAAAGACGCCUUGUAGUAAGACCUUCUGUUAUGUCGAAUAUUACGGAGUUGGAUGAAGACGAUUCAUCAACCAGAAUAACUAUUCCGCAACGGCAAAAAAAGGUUAAAAAUAUAAGACUUUCAACAAAUUAAACUUAAUUUUAUAC